UGGUUCUUCAAUAAAAUCUUGUAGAUUUUUCAGCGGUUUUUGAGCGCGCGCUCAUCGUGGGCUCAAUUCGAACGUUCAAAAGUAGGCAGCCACCUUAAACCAUUCCAAGUUGUUUUGACUCUAGGUAGAACAAGAACAUAUAAGACAUCAACCAGAAGUGUGAAUAACUUUUCUUUAAUGUUCUGUUCAUUGGAGAUUUCAUUUAAAUUAUUGUCAGUAAAGUCAACUCAUCCACAGGGAAGACAGAGUUUGAAGAUGCCCAGUCCCUAAAGUGAAGUUAUUUACACUUCUGGUUGACGUCGCCGUSGCAACGCAUUAGAAUAGGUGUAUAUGGUAAUGCAUUGUUGGCUAUUGUAAAAAUAGUACGAGUAUUAGUUACAUUAAUGGUAAGGGGAAGGUUGGGAACAAAGGUUUGAUACAGCCAAAAAUGCAUGGGACCACAUUAAUAUUUGUUCCAAAAGGCUGACAGUAAAUAGGGGUUGGGUUCUGGGACAUGGUCGUUCAUUGGGACGCAACAAAAUGCCUUGCUUUUCAGGGAUGAUGGUUUAUUUCUGGUUUUUGACAUAAAUUCAUAGUUAUGUGGAGCUUCAUUUACUCUCAAGGCAUGAAUUCAUUCCUUUGCAUACUGUUUUUCAAUUCCUGAAUGGGAUAUUUACAACAGUAAAAUCUUCAGCAGCUAUAAUAUUAUCMCUUUGAAAUGCUAUCUUUCCUUGAUCUAGCAAUUUUGUCAGAGUUGGUGAAUCUGAAUUCUCAUCUUCAUCUGAUGGAUUCUUGUAUCUUUGACUAAAAUGUGUAAGGAUGAGUUUGUUUGCUUGUAUKUUCUUUGCAAACUGGCCUGCCAUUCCUGUAAACAGAAUAAAUAAAACAUUUAACAAAGAUGGUACCUGUCUAUGUAAUAGUUGUCUUGUACAAAUAAUCUGUAAAACUGUCAAAGUUGGAAACCGAGGGUAAGUGUAGCAAAAAUGCAAUUGUCCCUGACCUCCAAGGUCUCUGUUCACUGAACAUGUACAGGAGACCCUGGAUUUCUAAGGUCUGGUGCCCUGGCGAGGGGCCCUCAUCCCCCAGAAUCCAGGCCUGCUAUGCAGGCUUGUCUCAGGUUUGAUUCCUGGACUCAAGCAGCAGAACAUGGGAAUAUAUUGUGUUGGGUCUCUCACUUAUAAUUAAAGGGUUUUUUUUCUGCAGGUUCUUGGUUUUUCUCCCUCUAUGAAACCUAAUGCCCUGACAUAGAUCAGCUAAGGCUCAAGUUAAACGUUGAACUUAUUCACAUGAGGCAAACCUAAUUGAAACAAUGGAUAAAAAGGUGGUCUUCUUUGAAACAUCUCCCCUAAAUAAUUGCUUACUUGGUGUGGAGUGUCCAAACUCAAUAGCCUUCUCCUCCAGCUCAUCCUUCUGUGUUGCUUCAUGCACCAAACAAUCACAGUUCAUGGCAGCACUUGUAAUUUUCAUUGAAUMACUUGUAUCUCCCAGAAUAACAAUCUUCCGUCCUGGCCUCGAUGGACCUAUCACCUCAUCUGGGGUAACUAGAGUUCCRUUAGGUGCCAUAAUGGAUUCACCUUGCUUUAUUUUUGCAUAUAACGGUCCAGGAGGAAUUCCUUUCUUCCUCAACAAGACUGSAUCUAAUCUACCAGCCUUUGAGAUGCCUAUAAUGGAUGGAGAAGAAAGUGGGGAUGAAGAGGUGGAAAGAAGCCCAAACGAAGAGGAAAAUGGUAGCGAAGAAGAUGAAGAAGACGACACCAUGUCUUCUGCCUCUGAGGACUCUUCGUCUGACUCGAUUGAUGAGACUGAAAAUGAAAGACGGAGAGCUGAGUGCCUGGAUGAUAUGGCAGACUUGGAAAGACAGUUCGUGGAGUUAAAGGAGCAGCUUUAUUGUGAACGCAUCAGCCAAGUAGAGAAAAAACUUGAUGAAGUUGCUUCAGGUCUAGCAACUGAAUACAAUGGACCAUUAGCAGAAUUGAAAGAAAUGUGUGAGAUAAGACUAGAAGUAGCUGAUAUUCUCAAGCAGUGUAGACUUGUGAAUGUAAAGCACAAAUAUGAUGCCGAAGAACAAUCAGCAGUUCAACAUUUUGAGAGUGAGAAAUUAGCUCUGAUGGAAGGAAUGAAAGCAGAUUUUGAGGAAAAGAUCCGAAAACUUGAAGAAGACAAACACAAUAUUGAUAUAUCAGCAGGUAAACAUGCUUUAAUUUMCAAAAAAGGUGAGAUUUAUACUUUAAACUUUGGUGUGAUGCUUUGCAAAUGUUUCAGAAAUGGUUUAUUUGUAUAAACAUUUUAAGU